GUGUAAGUACACGUAAUGAAAACAAUCUGAUUGACUGGAGUGCACAAUUAAUUAUCUUCUUAAUUGAUCACUGAUCAGGUAAUUGCAACGCGUUUUAUUCAACUUUCUGGGUAGGUUUCCAAAGUUUAUCAACAAAAUCGAAGGAAGACAAUAAAGUGAAUCAAGAAAAGAAUUAGAAUCACAAUGAGGUGGUUGGUGAGUUUUGUGCUGCUGGCUUCCCUGAUGCAAGAGAUAACAUGCCCACCAGUGCAGCCUGAGAUAAAGCCACCUGUGGAGGGAGAUUCUCCGGAUGAUGAUGACCCAACAAACUUUAUGCAGGAAGACUGGGAAGAUUUUGCUUACGAUGUAGAGGAGGGCUUUGGUCUGGAAUAUGACCGGUAUCUCAAAGAGAUUGUCAUGGCACUAGAAGAAGACGAGGCUUUCCGUAAAAAACUUGAGGAAAUGAACAUGACCGAUAUAAAGAAUGGAAAGAUUGCCAUGCAUCUAGACCUUGUGUCUCAUCAGAUUCGUGAGAGGCUUGAUGAAAUCAAGCGCCAGGAGAUGAAUCGUCUGCGGGAACUGGCCAAGGAAAAAAUGAAACAGAUGAAGGGUAUGGAGGUUUUAGGUUCAAUAGCGAAAUACGGAGGUAUACAAAAGAUGGAUGAAAAUUUCCUUCACCAUGUUGAUGUUAAAAAUCCUCACUCAUUUGAAGCCAAAGAUUUGGAAAGACUGAUUAAAAAGGCCACAAAUGAUUUAGACGAAAUUGACAAAAAACGUCGCGGAGAAUUUAAGACAUAUGAAAUGGAAAAAGAGCAUCAGAGAAGAGAAGAACUGAAGAAUUUGGAUGAAGAGCAUAGAAAAGCAAAAGAGGAAGAAUAUGAAAACAUGAAAAAACGUCAUGAAGAGCAUCCAAAAAUUCAUCACCCGGGUAGCAAGGCACAGCUUGAAGGAGUUUGGGAGAAGACAGACCACAUGGACCCAGAAGACUUCGACCCUAAAACUUUCUUCAACAUGCACGAUAUAGAUGGUAAUGGCUUCUUGGAUCAAGAUGAAGUUGAAGCACUCUUCCAAAAGGAGCCCCUUGGACAGGACCCUAAUGUUCAACACAUGCAGAUGCCACAGGGGGGACAAGGCAUGCCACCACAAGGAAUGCAUCAGCAGCAACAGUUUCAACAACAUGAACAGCAACAACAGUUUCAGCAACACGGUCAACAACAACAAUUUCAGCAGCAUGAGCAACAACAGCAGAUGAGACAAAUGGGUCAAAUGCAAGGUCAAGCACCUGUAGGUCAAGGUCAGAUGCAUGGAGGACCACCAGGUAUGGGUCAAGGUCAAAUGCCAGGAUACCAAGGAGCUGGUCAAGGUCAGGUGCAAGGUGGACCACCAGGAAUGGGUCAAGGUCAAGUGCAAGGUGGGCCCCCGGCAAUGGGUCAAGGUCAAGGAGGUCAGGUCCCACCUGGACAGAUGCCACAAGGUCAAGGUCAACGCAUUCCUCGUCCUCCUCCAGUUAAUGUUGACGUUGGUAAAGUGAAUCAAGCAGUGCCUGUCUCUGAUGGUCAAGGUCAAGCCCAAGGUGUUCAAGGUCAAAAUGUCAUUGUACAAGAUUCUCAGGGUCAGCAACCUCAGAAAGAGGCUGCUGAAGCUGACCCAGGGGUUCCAGUACAAAAUGUUGAUCCAAAUCUAGCCCAGGGUCAACAAAUUUUAUCUCAAAAUGAAAAUACUCAAGGGCAAAAUAUUGCAAAUCAUGAACAAGAAAUUAAAGUUGAGGCCUUGGGUCAGCCUUCACCUGAAAGGCAGAGACAGCAAGUGCCCGAGGGUAUGCCUCCUGUACAAAAUCAGGUACCACAGCAGCAACCAAACAAUGCUCAACAACAAGGCCAAGGUCAAGAUGCACUCAGGUUUCAGGGUCAAGGUCAGGAGCAGCAGAAACAGCCACAACAGCCUCUUGUAUAA